AUGCGCAGAACGCAAGCGCUGUUCUUUGCAGCCACGCAAUGUGCACGUCUCCACACUUCACGUAGACUCUACUCCUCGCCGCCUAUUGUCAAAAUCGCCAAUGGCACAUUCUAUCGCCAGCACCCUUCUUCAAAGGGCGAUAAUGCGCCUUCAAAUCCACCAUUAUUCCCGAAUCUGACGCUCUCUCUACCCUCUUUCUCGACACCAAACCAGCAUUGGGCGAUUUUGAGCCCAUCAUCCGACAUUCGCACCGCAUUUCUACAAAUACUUCGCGGCCAAUUACUUUGUUUCCCUCCAACAGCGCGGUCUUUCCCAUACCUCCUCACUCCAGCCAUCGCCGAGGAAAGGCCACGCCUCCGCUUCCCAGAGCGAGCCAUUGAGUAUGUGGGCUUCGACGUUGAACGGAAAGCUUUCGGUGGCGCCUAUCUAUCGGCACGGUACCUGACCGGUAUCGUAACGAUGAACCCUGGAGAAGAGGAACUAAAGGCAAAGAGUGUGGAUGAAGAGGAUAUGACACGGGUUAUGCGUGAUCUAGAGUUGGAGAGGUUUAUUGACAAGCCGGUCAGCAUGCUGAGCAAUGGGCAGAGUAGACGGGCGAGAAUCGCGAAAGCGUUGUUGAGUAGGCCUGAGAUGCUUUGUUUGGAUGCACCGUUUAUUGGACUUGACCCCAUCGUUACCAGGCAUAUCUCCAAAGUUUUACACCGGCUCGCAGAAGCCAACGCACCACGCAUUGUUCUCAGUCUGAGACCGCAAGAUGAGAUUCCGGAAUGGGUUACCCAUCUCGUUUACGCAGGAGAGGAUGGAAAGGUCGAAAAGAUGGGGCUGAAGGAAGAGGUGCUAGGUCAUUCACAGAUGCAUAGGCAAGCUGAAAGCAUUGGGGACUCGACGCGGAGUUCCGUCAGCACAGAGAGAGACGAAACAGGACGACUUUCGUCUGGAAGAGAAUACUCUACAAGAUCAUCGGAUGCGGCAACAUUGAGUCGCGAUGGCCACCAAGAUACCGACGAUCAUGUACCCAAGAUUGGCGAAGCUAUCGUCGAAAUGCAAGGAGUACGCAUAGCUUACGGCCAGAACUCCGUCUUGGGAGAUUGGCAACAGGACAUCGACGGGUCAUCACAAUCCGGGCUGCAUUGGAACGUGCAUCGUAAUCAACGCUGGGGUAUAUUCGGUGCCAACGGCUCUGGCAAGACUACGCUUCUUUCGCUCGUAACAUCAGACCAUCCGCAGACCUACUCGGCUCCUGUCCAACUCUUCCAACGCUCGCGCUUGCCCGAACCCGGUGUCCCAGGUAUCACUAUAUUCGAAAUCCAGUCACGAAUGGGCCAUGCGAGUCCGGAAGUCCAUGCCCUGUUUCCGAAGAGACUUAGAGUGAGGACGGUUUUGGAAAGUGCAUGGGCGGAUACACCAAUUACAAAGCCAAGACUAGAUGAUGAAGCGAGGAAGAGAGUCGAAGCUUGCUUGAGAUGGUUUGAAUCCGAACUUAGGCCUGGCUUCAGUGGUGACGGAAGUGUGAGUCUGGAGUGGGCAUCUGACACUCUAUUCGGUGAGGUAUCGUUCUCCGCUCAACGUGUACUCCUCUUCUUGCGCGCCACGAUCCGAAAUCCCGACAUCGUUAUCCUCGAUGAGGCGUUCAGUGGCAUGGACGACCUCGUUCGCGACAAGUGUCUUCUGUUCCUUAGUCACGGCCAGGGUAUGGAGCUUGUAUUCUCUGACAGUGGCUUGAAACCGGUGAAAUGGGAAGGUGAGGUUGUGGUUCCAGGAUUGCAAGAACAUCAGGCCCUACUGUGUGUCAGUCAUAGUAAGCAUGAAGUACCUGGGUGUAUACGAGAGUGGGUUUGCCUGCCUGAACCAGGCACAGGCCCACCAAGGUUUGGCCGAUUUGAUGGGCCUGUGGAGCUGGAUGCAGGACGAUGGAGCGAAGUGUGGAAUGAAAAGCACUAG